AUAUUUUGGAUUGGUCGAAGCUAUCCUGAAACGACGUUGCCGACGUAUAAAUAAUGUCGUUCUCUUCAUCGGCAACACAGUAAUAUUUCAACCUUCGUGUUGUGAAUUUGUAGCUGAGUAAAAUGAAACUCCUGAUCGCCUUCGCCCUGGUGGCAGCCGUCAGUGCUGACGUUUCCCAUCUGUUCUCGAACAGCGACAACCUGCAAGAGGAUGGAUACCACUACCAGCAGCCAGCCAAGCAGUUCGUCAUUGACGUGCCACAAACCUAUGAGCAGCCAGCUCCCGUAGUCUAUGAGAAGCCAGCUCCAGUUGUCUACCAGAAGCCCGCUCCCGUUGUCUACGAGAAGCCUGCUCCCGUUGUCUACGAGAAGCCUGCUCCCGUUGUCUACGAGAAGCCCGCUCCAGUAGUCUAUGAGAAGCCCGCUCCUGUUGUCUACGAGAAGCCCGCUCCUGUUGUCUACCAGAAGCCCGCUCCCGUUGUCUACGAGCAGCCUGCUCCUGCUGGCAUCCUGAAGGAAGAUGGAUAUCAUUAUGGCCAGCCUGCUGUCAAAUUCGAACCGACUCAGGAAUAUCUGCCCCCAGUCGUCCAGAAGCCUGUCUACAAGCCAGCUCCAGCUCCAGCGCCAGUUCCUGUCUACAAGCCAGCUCCAGCUCCAGUUCCUGUCUACAAGCCAGCUCCAGCUCCAGUUCCUGUCUACAAGCCAGCUCCAGCUCCUGCUCCCAAGCCAGUGAUCCCAGUCGCUCCCAAGGUUGUGAUCCCAGCUAAGCCCGUGAACGAGUACCUGCCCCCAGUUGUCCAGAAGCCUGUGGCUCCAGUGUACAAGCCAGCUCCAGCUCCUGUCUACAAGCCAGCUCCAGCUCCAGCUCCAGUUGCGCCUGUUUACAAGCCAGUUCCCGCUCCUGCUCCCAAGCCCGUGAUCCCAGUCGCUCCCAAGGUUGUGAUCCCAGCUAAGCCCGUCAACGAGUACCUGCCCCCAGUCGUCCAGAAGCCUGUCUACAAGCCAGCUCCAGUUGCGCCUGUCUACAAGCCAGCUCCAGUUGCCCCUGUCUACAAGCCAGCUCCAGCUCCAGCUCCUGUUGUGAUCCCAGCUAAGCCCGUCAACGAGUACCUGCCCCCUGUUGUACAGAAGCCAGUCUACCAGCCAGCUCCAGCUCCUGUCUACAAGCCAGCUCCAGCUCCAGCUCCAGUUGCGCCUGUCUACAAGCCAGCUCCAGCUCCUGUCUACCAGCCAGCGCCUGUCUACAAGCCUGCUCCGGCUCCCGUCUACCAGCCAGCUCCAGCUCCUGUCUACCGCCAGCCAGAGCCUGUUGCUCAAGGACCUAAGGGCUACAGCUACCCCAACGACCCCCAGCCAUCUUUCGACUUUUAG